AUGAUGUACGGUCCAAUUGGAAACUGCGUGCCAAUAAGUGACCUAAACAUAAACAUCACACACUCGAAGGUGGUUGGAGUUAUAAUUGGAAAAACUGAUUCAAGAGGAUUUCCAGACCGGAAAAAUUUUGGCUCUGAAAGGUUUACUUUCAGCUUUACCAUCAAAGAUUCACCAGAACAUUUUAUCAAUGUGUCUGCAUGGGGAAAUGAGGAAUACAUCCACGGACUGAGCAGUCGCUUUCAGAUUGGGGAUUGUGUUGUAAUUGAAAAUCCCCUCGUAGUGACCAAAGACUAUGAGAAAGAAGAAAGAUUUUGCCCUUCAACACCCAGUACCUACAGGCUGUUGGUAACAGAGACUCACUCAAGCAUUAGGAUAUGCUCAGAUUUAGAAACAGAGGCCAGGAUUCUGCCACUAUUCCACAUGCCAAUUAAAGACUCAAGGGACUUCUAUUCAUUGGGAGACAUUACUGCAAAUGGAGAGAGUCUGGAUGGACACAUUAUUAACAUUCUAGCAGCUGUGCAAUCGAUUGGAGAGGAGAAAUUCUUUACAAAAUCUGAUGGACGCAAAGGACAGAGGCUAGAAAUAAAGCUCUUUGAUGACACUGGGAAAUCAUUUCCCUUUGUGUGCUGGGAUAAAGAGACUAUUAGGCUGGUACAAACACUGACACAAAGAGAAACAGUACUAUUUAUUGCAGAUGCCCGCAUCACUUUUGACAGCUUUCGCAACUGUAUGACAGCAACAGCCACCUCAAAGACAAUCAUUACCCUCAACCCUGAUACAGCAGAAGCCAACCAGCUGUACACAUGUAUAAGGGAACUGCUAGAAGCAGGAGGACUGGAUGACCAAGACAUCCUCUCAGGUGACGAUGUGCAAUAUAAGUCACUGGAUUCCAUUAGUGAUGUUCUGACUGUGGAAAAGCUUAAAGCCAGAAGUCAAGAACAUGCUGAGGUCUUUCAUUGCAUAAUAUUUGGAUUCAUCACAAGUCUGGAACUAAAUUCCUCCAUCUCAAAGGUCAUACGCAAGCGAUGUGCCAAAUGCAAAUUUCGAAUCAAUGAGGAGAGUCAGACAUGUUCCAAUGAUGCCUGUCCAAAUCAAGGACAACAGCUCCAGGCCACUGAAGGCUUUGAUCUGCUGGUGGACAUCAGUGAUCACACUGGGACUGUGCAGUCAUGCAACCUGACAGGCACAGUGGCUGAGAAAACCCUGGGCUGUAAAACAGAAGAGUUUUUGCGUCUGUCGGAGUCUCAAAGGACGACUCUGAAGUGGAAGUUUCUUCUGGAGAGAUGCAAAAUCUAUCUAAAGGUUUUUCCAUCUGCUAGAAGCAGAAGUGGAAUGAGGGCAAGCAUUUUGUCAUGUGCACUCGCUGACCCCGUUGAAGUGAAGCAAAACUUUGCCUCCUUUGUGGUUUGAUGCUGUUUUGCAACACAGCAACCAAACAGCAUGGU